AUGUCAGAUAUAGUUAAUUUAAAUGUUGGUGGAAGAAAGUAUUCUACAACAAAGAGAACAUUGACUAUUUAUGGAGAUAGUUUUCUUGGUGCAAUGUUUUCUGGUAACUUUCAAUUAACUUUUGAUCAAAAGGGAAGAGUAUUUAUAGAUCGGGAUGGUGACCUAUUCCAAUUUAUUCUUUCAUUUCUACGUAGUGGAAGUGAUAAUGUUGCAUUACCUGAUCAUUCAGAAAGAUUAUAUAAACAAAUAAUUAGUGAAUUUCAAUAUUUUGGAUUAUUACAUCAUUUGGUAUUAUCAAGUAAUAAACCAUUUUAUAAGAGUAUUCAGUCACCUGCAUCAAGAUAUGUAUUGUCAAAAGUGACAACACUCAAUAAUGACAUUUACUUGUUUGGAUUAAAGAAUGGAUCUUCUACAUUUGUAGAGAUUUACAAUCCAUUAUUUAAUCAAUGGGAUGUUAAAAAGAGUAUUUGUACAAACUCUACCUCUUUUCCAUUAAAGGGGAAUCUCUUGUCAUUGUCAAAUUGCAUCUUUUCACUUACCAAUUCAUUACUCGAUAUUCAAAAGUAUGAUAUCACAACAUCGACAUGGUCAAAGUUAAAUUUAAAAUUGGAUCAAAUGGCUGGUAUCUAUUUGGAAAUGGAUCUAUCAACUGGACACCAUGGUUCAUUUUCCUAUUCAUCUUCACACAAUGCAUCUAUUGUUCCAACUCAUCAUCCAUCACCUCCAUCAACAACAAACACCAUCUCUCAACUAUUAUCAAAUUCAGAUUAUUGUUGGUGUUGUGAUCCUCAACAUUCUUUAUCUUUAAUUUAUGUUUUACAAAAAUAUUCAAAUACUAUAACAUUCUUUAAGAUUGAUUUAAAUCAAUUAACAAUUUCAAAUAUAACUGAAAUAUAUUCAAGAAAUUUAUCAUUGGAUACAACAUGUUGCUUGAUAAAGGAUAUUAUCUAUUACUUGGUAUACAAUGAAGUGAAUGAUUAUUUUUUGGUUGGAUUUGAUAUUAACAAAAAAAGUCAAAUCGAUUCAAUCAACCAAAAUCCAAUCAUCAAUAUGAAUAGUCCUAGUCGUUCUCCAACCAGAUCACUUCGAAUCCUUGCUCACACUCUUGACAAUAUCUACUUUUUAAAUCAAUGUCAAUCAUUUUUUGGAGUGCAGAGAGAAAGCAAAUUCUUUAGUUACUCGAUCGAAGAUAAUAGUUGGGAGAGUCUACCAGAACCAAAGAACCUACGGAUACUCCAUUCCGUCAUCCUUUCAUCUAAUCUAUUAUAUUGUAUUAGUGAUGAUUAUCUAGUUGAAGUAUUUGAUAUUUUAAAAAAUCAAUGGUAUUAA